AUGAAGUUCACCCAAGCUAUUCUUCCCUUUGUCUUCUCGGCCGCUGCUGUGCUUGCGUCCCCUACCCCAACACUCGACAAGCGCGCCACGACCAUCUGUGGACAGUGGGACUCCGUUGUCACCGGAACUUAUACCAUAUACCAGGAUCUCUGGAACGAGGCUGAAGCUACCUCUGGCUCGCAAUGCACCACGGUCGACUCUCUUUCCGGUACCACGCUCGUUUGGUCUACCUCUUGGACUUGGGCUGGAGGAUCCAACCAGGUCAAGUCGUAUGCGAAUGCUGUCGUUAGCGAGACUACCAAGAAGCAGAUUUCGGCUAUCGCUAGCAUUCCUACGACCUGGAAAUGGAGUAUCGUAGCUGAUGUCGCGUACGACAUCUUCACUUCGUCGACCGCCACAGGGUCAAAUGAAUACGAGAUUAUGAUCUGGCUCGCUGCCUUGGGGGGUGCCGGUCCCAUCUCCAGCACCGGAUCGUCCAUCGCCACCGUCACUAUUGACAACGUGAGCUUCAACCUGUUCUAUGGGUUGAACGGCUCCACGAAGGUCUACAGCUUCGUCGCAGUGUCCGAGGCUACCGAUUUCUCCGGUGAUCUGUUGAGCUUCUUCACGUACCUCGAGUCCAGCCAAUCCUACCCAUCUACCCAGUAUCUCUUGAACAUCGGCGCUGGCUCUGAGCCUUUCACUGGAUCCGAUGCCGUCUUCACUACCAGUGCAUACAGUGCCGUUAUCAACUAG